CGCUUCGACAGUCUAGCGCGAGAUUUUCGCUAUGCCGCUUCGCGUUCCGGGCCUCAGGCCCUAGCAACUCCAUGUCGAGUCCAGGCGACGCGGCCGAGCCGGCUCCACCGCCGCCGGACCCCCAGGUGGUGCGCCGCGAACCGCCGCCGUCCGAGCGCCCGCCGCGGCCGGUGUCGUACCCUCGCGGGCCGGAGAGCUCCCCCCGCACCGGCGGCUUCGUCAAACGCAACUCGGACCCCGCGCCCGCGGCCGCCCUCAGGCCCCGCACCCAGGUCAAGCCCUUCACCAAGGAGUCGCUCGAGCGGCUCGAGAGGAAAACUGUGCAACUGGUGCGCGAGUACGGCUUCCAGCCGAGGAGGAAACUCAGUGUUGAGGAUGGCUCGCGGCUGCCCGCCAAGUUCGAGCCCUUCCCCGCCAAACUCUACGGCAGGCCGCUUGAGGAAAUAGACAAUUUCAUUUAUGACGAGACCUUCUGCGUGGUUUCGAAGAGGUUUCGCAAGAACUACAUCCACCGUUUCACCGCCACCAAUUCGUUCUUCUUCUUCAGUCCGUUUAGUUCAGUUAGGAAAGCGUGUAUAUACCUGUCCACCAACCAGUACUUCGAUUAUUUAGUUAUGGCUACUAUUUUGCUCAACUGCGUCUUCCUUGCCAUGGCGGAAACUAUUGAAGAAGCCGAGUAUAUUUUUUUAGCCAUAUAUACGGCUGAAAUGAUAAUAAAGAGCAUCGCUAAAGGUUUUAUAUUAAAUAAGUACACAUAUCUAAGGAAUCCAUGGAAUUGGUUGGACUUCGUCGUCAUCACCAGCGGCUACGCCACCAUCGGCAUGGAGGUGGGGAACCUCGCCGGUCUGCGAACGUUUCGCGUCUUACGAGCCCUCAAGACCAUCUCGAUUCUCCCAGGUUUGAAAACCAUCAUCAACGCGCUUCUCCAUUCGUUCAAACAGCUCGCGGAAGUCAUGACGUUAACUAUUUUCUGUUUGAUGGUGUUCGCAUUAUUCGCCUUGCAAGUUUACAAGGGGGAAUUACGCAACAAGUGCGUUCUAAAAAUGGAGGAUCACAACGCUACCUACGAAACCUGGUUCAAUUGGACGAGCGACCCAAACAACUGGAUAGUGCGCAACGAAACCGGCGAGCCCUUGCUCUGUGGCAACGUGACGGGCUCUCGACACUGCCCCUCGACACACACGUGCAUCUGCGUUGGUGAAAACCCCAACCAUGGAUACACGAGCUUCGAUAAUUUCCUUUGGUCGAUGCUCACCACCUUUCAGCUCAUCACGCUCGACUACUGGGAGAACGUUUACAAUAUGGUGCUGUCAUCGUGUGGUCCAAUAAGUGUUUCGUUUUUUACAGUGGUAGUUUUUUUCGGUUCGUUUUACCUAAUUAACUUAAUGUUGGCUGUGGUAGCGCUAAGUUACGAAGAGGAAGCGGAAAUAACGCAAGAGGAACGCAAGAAAGAACUCGUGGAUCACCGCGAGGAUUCCACGUUCAGCUUCGACCCCUCGAGUCUAAACGUAAAAAAGCUGUCGAAGCACAAAAUCAAAAAAAUCGACGCGCGGAAAGGCGUCCUCCUGUCGUCCUACACGCGGAAAAAGACCAGACGGAGAAAGCGGAACCGGAGCACCAACAACCCGAACAAAUCCCCGAGCAGCUCCGCCGCCGUCGAGGCCGCCAACGCCAAGGAAGACAGCAAAGACUCGGCGAAGACGUCGCCCAAGCCCAACCGGUCCGUCACGCCAAGUCCCAGUCCCAGCCCGCGCCACAGCAGGAGCUCCUCACGCCCGCAGAUGCUGCCCCUGCCGCUGCCGCCUCCCCGCCACGUGCAGCUCUCCGACCCCAGGUGUCCCGACACCCUGCACCCUUCCAACACGCUCGCGCCCACGCGGACUGGGCUCAGCAGCCGGCAGGCGAGCAGCAACAGCGGCGAGGGGAACAACCGGGAGUCCUCUCUGGACGACUCCGGCGUGGUGGACGACCACGAAACCGAAGGGGACGCCACGUCGGAGGAUGUGGCCUCGCACUUACCGCAGCAGCUGCCACGGCAAAGGGUAGAGGUGACACCUGUUACGGUGGCUCUCAGCCCGAAGGAAAUCAAAGUGAUCAAGUGCAACGGGGUGGGAAGCUGCAAGAAAAAGAAGCAGAUGUACUCCCUUCCGCCGGAUUAUCUCUCACACAUCGUCGUCAUUGACGACCAGAUUCCGGAUCGGAACUGUUCCGGCUGUGAACAGUGCUGUGUGGACUACGAUGGGUGGCUGCAGUUUCAGCAAGCCCUCUAUCGAAUAGUCCGGGACCCUCUCUUCGAGCUCGCCAUCACGGUCUGCAUUGUGCUCAAUACCAUGUUCCUAGCCAUGGAGCACCACGGCAUGAGCGACGACGUGCUCAAGGCUCUAGACAUAGGCAAUAAAGUUUUUACUUCCAUUUUUACGUUCGAAUGUUGCCUGAAGCUGAUGGCGCUUAGCAAGGAAUUUUUUUACUGCGGCUGGAACAUCUUUGAUUUAAUUAUAGUCUCGGCGAGCGUUCUAGAUCUGAUAUUCGAACUUGUCGAUGGGUUAUCGGUACUGCGAGGCUUGCGAUUGUUGAGAGUUCUGAAGCUGGCUCAAUCAUGGAUAACCAUGAAAGUGUUGCUCAGCAUCAUAAUUAGCACGAUAGGAGCUUUGGGGAACCUCACUUUCGUACUUGUUAUCGUCAUUUAUAUUUUUGCCGUGAUAGGGAUGCAACUUUUCGCCAAGGACUACACCCCGGAGAAGUUCUAUCCCGAUCCCGUUCCUAGAUGGAACUUCACUGAUUUUUUUCAUUCGUUCAUGAUGAUUUUUCGGAUCCUUUGCGGCGAAUGGAUCGAGCCUUUGUGGGAUUGCAUGCGGGCGGAGAGCACUGAGGGUCCUGGCACGUGCCUCGCCGUUUUCCUUCCGACUCUAGUAAUGGGGAACUUCAUGGUCUUGAACUUGUUCUUGGCUUUGUUGCUCAACAGUUUCAACUCCGAAGAACUCAAGACGCGAAAAGAGGUUUAUUAUUUUUUCCCCACACACAGUUUAUGUAGACCCGAACCAAAUUUAUGUUAUCCAGUAGAAGACCGGGAGCGGGAAGUUGGAGAUGAGUCGAAAUUAGCUCAGAGCUUUGAACGGAUCCGGGACUUGAUCAGGAAGCGGCGACAGCAACGAAUGCAAGAACAAAAACAAAACGAAAACAAUUCACGGCUGGAGCAGAUUGUCCGGGAAGUCAUGCAGAGGCGAGCUGAGGAAGAAGCGUUCAAAACAGGAAUAACAACUAAAGCGAUACAGGAAACUGUUGUUGGGUUUCCGAGGGACAAACGCAGUUACCAAGAAGCGAUGAAUAGGCCGAUCUCGAUCAUAAGUUACGAUCAUCCACCCGACUAUCAGACAAUACAAGAAGGGGAGAAUGAGGAAAAGUACGCCAGGAGAUAUUCGACGUUGAUUAACGGAAACUCAGAAGAGAGCGAUAAUGCGGAGAAGACACGACUCAUCGAAAACAAAAAGACUGACGUUAGAUUACUACAGAACAUGUCUUCGGGGAGAGGAACUACGAACGAUAGUAAAGAGGAAAACACCGAAAGUGUGGAGAUGAAAAACAUUGACAGGGGAACAUCGGCCGACACGGAGCACGACGAGGAGUCCGCUUUAUGUCCGGAUUCCCAUAAAAAUUGCAACAGGAGAGGAGAGCACGAAGACGACAGCCAGAAGCCAUGGCAGACUUUAGUGUCCUACGUGGACGAGCUAACCGUCGGUGGCCGACGCAACUCCAAAGGGCAAUACAUUGACGGAAUGGGGAACUUUCCCGGUUUCGGUAACAAGAAGCCGCCUAAAGUACCACCAAACUGUUUUCCCCAUCAUUGUUACCAACAGUGCGCUUGUUUCAAUUACUGCUUGAACACUAGUGUGGGCAAAAAGUGGACAAUGAUAAGGACGAUGGUUUUACGAGUUGUUGACACUCCCGGAUUCGAGUGGUUUAUUUUGGUGUUGAUUUUCGCGUCUAGUGUGACACUGUGCUUUGAGGACAUUCAUUUGGAUGAAAGUCCGGACUUGAAAAGCGUUCUCUACUGGACGAAUUUAGCGUUCUCAAUUAUUUUUAUUAUCGAAAUGUUGUUAAAAUGGAUCGCGUUGGGGUUCCACAAGUACUUCACCAGUUUUUGGACCUUGUUAGAUUUUUUAAUAGUUUUCGUCUCCCUCUUCAGCUUACUGAUUGAGGAAAACGAAAACUUGCGAGUUUUACGUUCAUUACGAACAUUAAGAGCCUUACGACCGUUACGUGCCAUUAGCCGAUGGCAAGGGAUGAGAAUCGUGGUCAACGCCUUAAUGUACGCAAUCCCUAGCAUCUUCAACGUGCUGUUAGUGUGUCUAGUAUUUUGGCUGAUUUUUUCCAUCAUGGGUGUACAGUUUUUCCGGGGUAAAUUCUACAAAUGUCUCGACGAAAAUGACGAAUUAGUACCCAUAGAAAUUGUUAACACUCGCCUGGAUUGCCUAACUCUAAACUACACUUGGAUCAACUCGAAGAUUUCUUUCGAUCACGUCGGGAUCGCCUAUCUUGCGCUGUUCCAAGUGGCCACAUUUGAGGGUUGGAUGGAAGUAAUGGCCGACGCCGUGGACGCCCGAGGGGUGGACCUGCAACCCCAACGCGAGGCGAACCUUUACGCUUACAUUUACUUUGUUAUUUUCAUAGUCUGUGGUUCUUUUUUUACUUUGAAUUUGUUCAUUGGAGUCAUCAUCGAUAAUUUCAACAUGUUGAAAAAAAAGUACGAAGGCGGGGUACUGGAGAUGUUCCUCACCGAAAGCCAGAAGCACUAUUACACCGCGAUGAAGAAGCUGGGUAGGAAAAAACCCCAGAAGGUCAUUAAAAGACCCAUGAACCAGUUUCUGGCGAUGUUUUACGACCUGUCGAACUCGCGCAGGUUUGAAAUAGCAAUAUUCGUGUUGAUAUUUCUCAAUAUGUUAUCGAUGGGGAUCGAACAUUACAAUCAGCCCCAUGCUGUGUUCUUCAUUUUAGAAGUUAGUAACGCGUUUUUCACUACAGUAUUCGGUUUAGAGGCUAUCGUCAAGAUAAUAGGACUAAGGUAUCACUACUUCACGGUCCCGUGGAAUGUGUUCGAUUUUUUACUAGUGUUGGCUUCCAUUCUCGGCAUUUUGAUGGAAGACAUCAUGAUUGAUUUUCCCGUGUCGCCGACUUUACUACGGGUGGUCAGGGUGUUUAGGAUAGGGCGCAUUUUGCGCUUGAUAAAAGCGGCCAAAGGCAUCCGCAAGUUGCUUUUUGCCCUCGUCGUGUCUUUACCAGCCCUGUUCAACAUAGGGGCUCUCUUAGCCUUAAUCACCUUCAUUUACGCUAUAAUCGGAAUGUUCCUGUUCGGUCACGUCAAGCAACAAGGUGCGCUCGACGACAUGGUCAACUUCCAAACUUUCGGAAGAUCGAUGCAUUUGCUCUUCAGACUGAUAACAUCAGCCGGAUGGAACGACGUUUUGGAGUCGCUAAUGAUCGAACCGCCAGAAUGUGAUCCCCAUUAUAGGAACCAGUCGAACGGCGACUGCGGAUAUCCCCUCCUUUCUAUCAUCUACUUUACCAGCUUCAUCAUAAUAAAUUACAUGAUAGUGAUAAAUAUGUAUAUAGCUAUAAUUUUGGAGAACUUCAACCAGGCCCACCAGGAGGAAGAGAUCGGGAUCGUCGAGGAUGAUCUCGAGAUGUUCUACAUCCGGUGGAGCAAAUACGAUCCUCAUGCAACUCAGUUUAUUCGAUUCUCUCAACUUUCCGAUUUCAUCGCUUCUUUAGACCCUCCUUUAGGCAUCUCGAAACCCAAUACCGUUGCUUUAGUGAGCUUCAAUCUGCCCAUCGCCAAGGGCAAUAAAAUCCAUUGUUUAGAUAUUCUACACGCGUUAGUUAAACACGUGCUCGGCCACGUGGAAGAGACUGAUAACUUUAGACAGUUACAAGAACAAAUGGAUAUCAAAUUCAAGAAGCAGUUUCCGACGCGAAAAGAGCUGGAAAUUGUUUCCUCGACUCGGAUUUGGAAACGGCAAGAUAAGGCCGCCAGGUUGAUCCAGAAAACCUUCCGGGAUUACGUAAAGCGCAAGAAAGAGCGCGAGCGGGUGCAGGAGGAGGUGGACGAGAUGACGCAGACGUCGUCGCCUGGCGGCGGGUGGCAGGGGCGCCUGUCCGCUUUCCUGCAUGUGCAUCGAGGGAGUCGCGCCUCUUCUCGCAAGUCCUCUAGGGCCUCUGACGCGAGCGACCUCAGCGAGCUGGGCGGGCCGUGGCUGAACUUGCCGCUGCUGUUGCUCUCAAGCGCCACCAACAUGGACCCAGAGGAGCUGGAUUUGACGCGCGACGCCGCCGAUGUCAACAUAAAGGUAAGCGAGGCCACCCCCGAGGCCACGACGCCGGUGUGCGCGCCGCCGCCGGCGCGCCGCCGCAGCAUCUACAACUUCCCGUUCUUCCUGCGGCACCAGGACGCGGUGGAGAAGCCGGACGACUCGGCCUCGCCGCCGGCGUCCAAGCGCUCGGCGCAAUCGCUGCACCCGGCGAUGGCCGAGGACCCCAAGCCCAAGCGCGGCAGCAUCAUCCGAAGAAAACGGGUAGGUUCGGUCAAGGCCAGACCGACGGGGGGCGGCAUCACGCCCGCCCACAGGGCCGAAUCCGAACCACUUAACAGUGCGGACGUUAGUAUUUUAGUGACGGAAGCCUCGCCAGAAGCACCCAUCCUUAAGCCUCCUCUGCAACGGCAACAGAGCGAGGCCACCGUUGUUCAAGUGUUAGUUCAUAGGGAAAGUGAGGAGUACAAUCAGGACGAUGACGAAGCCACGCCCACGAUUAAAGUCACUCCUGAGGACGCUUGUGAUACGGACUUGACCCAAGUGUCGGGCGCUGACGCGAAUAACCAAAACGGUAACACCACAGAUAGCUGAUCUGAACCCGCACACACCGAACUAUUGCAAUAAUUAUUAAAUGUAGACUAGGAAGUGGGGGAACAGGCGGCGUACAGUCAAUGGUUUAUGAAAACCAAUUUUAAACAUUCCACAAGCAGUACAAUCACAACUUUUCAGUUUAUGCUUAGGGCAGUCCUGAUUUUUACAACAGAACAGCAUGAUUUUUUAGAUAACUAGUCGGCUUCAGCUUAUUAUAAUUUUUUAAACCAAUCACAAUUGUCUUAAAACCAAAAGAACUCUAAAACAGUAAACACGCUUUUGUAUCACUCGAUCCUAAUUAGGUACAACUAGAUUUAUUAAAUAAAUUUUAUCGGAAUUACAAUAAAGCGCAAUAACUUAUCUUAGAAUGAAUACUUUCCUAGAGAUAAAAUUAAUUCUGUUGCGUUUUUCAUGUGCUACUCACCAACCAAUCAAUUAAGUCAUUAAUGAGAUCAUAUCUAACAAUCGGAAUUCUUUUGGUUUGUUGACCACAAUUAGUGAAUUAUGUAGGUAAUAAUAAUAAUAACAUAUGACAUACGGGAGAUACGAGGUAGAAAAUAUUCAAGUAUAGUGUACUGUUUUAUUCGCAAUCAUCAUCUUUGUUAUUUUAAAAAUAUAAAAUUAAUAUGAGAGAUCAUUCAAUUAGUGAAAAUUAUUAAUAACGUAGAUUACUAAAAAAUGAUUAAACUUCAUUAUUAGAUGUUGUUCGUAGGUUAAAUCAUUACCUCAAAAACCAGUUCUUAUCUCGCGUUAAAAAUCUCUAACAAUGUUUUAACGGCUUAAACAGCUUAAUAAUUUUAAUGUUUUUAUAAAAAAACAAAAGUGCAAAUGCCUUGAAAAACAUACAGUAUGAUAAAUAAGUCAUACACAAGACUCCUAAUAAAAAUUUUCAAAAAAUUACGUACCAUUAUUUUAAUAAAAAAAAUAAAAUGACCAAAAAAUGCGGUUUUUUCAUUUUAUUUUUAAAUGACAUUUUUUUUAUUUUUAUAUAAAGUUUAAAAUUUUUAUAAAGGAAAAUAAAUCAAUCGAGUUUUUCACCACUUUAAACUCAGUUAAAAAUAUUAAAAAUAAAGUACAAACUAACCUGAGAGGGAAUGAUUCAACUCAGAAACAACACCUAAUUGAAACCAAUUUGUUUAUUACUUCUCAUAAAAAUUCAAUUCAAAAAUUUGCGUUCACGCGCUUGUGGAACCAUAUCGAUGUUCAACCUUAAUAAUGAUUGCGAAUAAUCUGUUGUUUCUUUUUAAUUCACCAUAUUUCAGUUUUGCUUGUUUACGCAACUUUCCAGUUUCAAAAUAACUUAUGAACGUCAAAAAAUUACGGCGCCUGGUCCUGGCCACGCAUUUUUCAUUUUGUAUAAUUAGGAUUACUUUUUUAAGGUUAUUGUAAAAAGAAAAAUGAUAAAGCGAAUUAAUUCUAAUUCAGAUGCUUUGGGCAUAUUGUACAUAAAACAAGAAAACCAAGAAAAAAUAUGAAUUUUCAUGUAGAUAGAGCAUUAUGAAAUGAGUGAGUUUUUUAAUUUUAUGAAUCUGAAGUUUGUAUAGUUAAGAGAAUUAAUCAAUAACUUAACGUACAGGUUAUUAUUAAGUCAAUUAAACUCUAAACUAUGACUAUAUCUCUACAAAAGAGACAUCGUACAAUCAGUAGCGAAAAUAGUUUGUAGCGUUUAAGGAUAUUAAAUGAUUUAGCAUGACAUAUUUUUGUUGGCGUUAUUUUAUUAGUCAUAAAGAUGUGUAAAUAUAUGUUGACAAUAUAACUGUACAUUACUCAAAGGCCUACACAAAAAGACUACAGUUUUUGUACGCUUUUUCGCCCUCCAUUUAACCACUGUUCGCUCUCUCUCACCCACAUCGUAACAUAUCACUUAUCAACCGUUUUCUGUAAAUAAACGCUUAAAUGGAGGUGCGGAAAUGCAACCAACACGAUUGUUACGAUAUUUAAAAUAAGAUUUACUGCGCUACUAUCAGUUGAUUAGAUGCACUCAGAGCCACAACAAUUUUCAAUCCUGCACUUUUAGUUGGAAACGAAACUUGUUCUUCCUGAAACUCUUCUUUGACGUAUGUCCAAAAUUCGCUUUCGUUCGCUUGAUGACAAAAUUAAAGCUAAUCAGGGGGCCAGACGUGUGCAUUGAAACAGUAGUGUACAUAAAAAACUGAUCAUGUAGAGAACUAGUCUGUCUUUAUUGCUUGAAAAUAAAAUUAUCAAUUGUUUAUAUGAAAAAUUUCUUCUUCCUUAUUACUACAUGCUAAACGAGGUUUUAUUCAUUGUGAUAUUGUGUAUCAAAGACGGGUCCCAACGGAAGGACAGACUCCUCCCGUCAGGACUUUCAUAAAUUGUUACAAACGUAUUGUUGCAUUUUAUGAGGCAGAUUUGAAUAAAGUUUAUUGCCAAAAUAUUUAAUAAAUGUAUAUAAUCGCCAAAGUUAUGGGGCCGCGUGCCUGAAACUGCGUUUCACACGCAGCUUUUGCUGUUUUGUUAGCUAUUUAUAUUGCUAGUGAUAACGUUUACCUAGAUUGCCUUCAUCAGAUAUUUUAAAUAUCAUUGUUAAUUUUAAUAUAGUAGCGGAAACACUAGAGUAGACUUGUGUACAAAUCUUUAAAUUGUCAAAGUUAUAGCUUUUAAAUUAAAAAUAAAACCAAAUUAAUCAA